GUUCAGCGUAAGAACCAGCAGCAGCAGGAAAAUGAGGGUUCUGGGAUGUAUUUUGAAGUUGAAGGGUGUGUUGGAAAAGCUUCAAAAGAGUGUCUUGUUGCGGAGACAUAAAUCAAGUUUCUGUGAAGGAGAUUAUGAAGAAUUGGGAGAUCACAGAGGGUGUGUUGCUGAAGAUGUGAAAGAAGGGCAUUUUGUUGUGAUUGCAAAGGAUAAUAUUGAGACAAAGAGAUUGGUGGUUCCGUUGAGCUGUUUAAAGAACGCAAGAUUCUUGAGGCUGUUGGAGGAAGCAGCAGAAGAAUAUGGGUUUGAUCAACAUGGUGCACUGACCAUACCUUGCAGGCCUAGUGAACUUGAGAUGCUAUUGGCUCAACUAUGGAAAGAAAGAAGACGAUUCUGAUGCUGCUAGGGAAAACUCCUGCAGAAAAACCAUGGCUAAAAGCUACAAAAGUUAUGUACUCAUAUAUUGAGCAUAUACUACUGCUAGAGUUUUUACAUUGAGGGUUUUAUUUAAAGUACUAUUAGUAGUUGUCAGAAAAAGGAAAAAAGGAUCAUAGAUUCAUAGCAGAUAGCUGAAAAUGUUAGUAUUCUCAUAUUAUUAAUGUUUACUAAUUAUACAUGACAGUAUAAAUUGAAACAUUUAUAAUGUUUUCUGCAUAUAUAACGACUGAGAUUGGUUUCAAGAGUGCA